GGGAAAUUGUCCACAUGCAGAGCUCCUGUUUAUCUGAAUAAAAUCUGCCUUUUCUCUCAGGUGGAGAAGCGUCUGGAGCUGGUCAAGCAGGUUUCCCACAGCACACACAAGAAGCUGACGGCCUGCCUGCAGGGCCAGCAGGGCGUGGACGUGGAAAAGAAGUCGGUGAGGUCGCCGUCGAAAAAGCUUCCCCUGACCACGCUCGCACAAUGUCUGGUGGAGGGGGCGGCCGUGUUAGGGGACGAGUCUCUGCUGGGACUCGCCCAGGAGCUGAUCCUGUUCGAGCUCACCAUCGAGCGGGACGUGAUCGAGCCACUGUACGAUCUUUCAGAGGUGGAAAUCCCAAACAUCCAGAAACAAAGGAAACAUUUAGCUAAACUGGUCCUGGACAUGGACUCUGCACGCACAAGGUGA